AUGACCGUCGUGAUGCCUUUGAGGCCGGUCCAACCGGGGCCGCCGGUUCAAGCGAACGUCUCCAAACGACACAUUCAGGCAGCGCCACGACGAUCGGUACCGCGCGCCGUCGUGCUGUUCACCUACGCGAUCGUAGUGGUCGCUGAUCUUUCUCUAAUAGCGAUUGUGGCCACGGGUGUGCACGCCACCACUCAGGUCGUGCUCAGCCGACGAUUAUCAGUGUUAGCUGGAUUUCUCAUUCUACUGUUCUUCUUUCUUCGUAUCGUACGGGAACAAGAGCGCAGCACCCGCCGCGAGUUCCUUACAUCUUUCCACCUGGUCACGGAGGCGCGUCGUUUGAGUAGCGCCAACCUCGAGAUGAAGGAGGAACUAUCAGGCAAGCUCAACUACCAACUUCACUACGAAAUGGGCGACAUCCUACGAAUUCUCUGCCAGAUCAAGGUCAAAAUGAGCGCCACGGAGAAGCGCGACAUCGACAAGAUCAUCACGGCGCUCGUGCGCAACCACGACCUGUUCGAGGUCACACUCAGCUCGAAAAUGCCGGAAUUUGAAGAGGAGGUUCAAGGCUGGCUGCACAUGAUGGACUUCAGAGACCAUCCAGCUGAAGAAUCGGCUCAACCGAGACCAGGCAGCGAUGGUCGUCGCUCUCGCCAUUAUUCCCUGUCCAAUGACAUUCUUCGCGUGGCAAUAUCGCGUCGAUUAAGCACCAAAAAGGUUUCUUUGGAGGGCUCGCACGCCAGCGACGACGGCCGAGGCCGGUUGUUGCGCACCAAUAGCAACUUGGACGAAGCGUUUGAUGCAGUGAUCAGACCGCGGGAGCACGAAGACCUCUCGGUAUGGCUCAUGGAUCGUAUUCAAAACCACUUCUUCGUCGAUAUGUUCUACCUGGAACAGCACUGUCUUGCUCCCCUUCAGGCGGUGUUUUUGGCGUGUGUAAAAAUUAAUGGUCUGGUCGAACGCCUUGAACUGGACGAAAUGAAGCUCGCAAGCUUUGCAGCUGCAGUAGAAGAGCGCUACCACAAUCGGAAUCCGUACCACAAUCAUGUCACGCUACUCGUUGGACUGGUAGCCGCAGCGGCGCAUGACAUUUCUCAUCCGGGAGUCUCGAACGGAUUCCUCAUCGCCACCAGAUCCAGCUUGGCCAUCACCUACAGUGACGACUCCGUGCUGGAACGCAUGCAUGUUGCCGAGCUGUACCGAAUUUUAUCUCACGAUGCGUUUGACAUUUUCGCUCAUAUGCCCGCCCCUGAACGUGCUGAGGCUCGUAAGAUCAUCAUUGGGAUGAUCCUCGCUACGGAUUUGGCACGGCACUUUCAGCGCAUUUCGGUGCUCAAAACGAAAAAGUUUGCGAUGUCAGAAGAGGCACAAGGACUGGAGCUCUCGCUGCUCAUGGAGACGAUGCUCAUGCUGGCAGAUAUUGGGCACACGGCCAAGCCGUUCUCGUAUCAUCAAACGUGGGCGGAGCGGAUAUCGGAGGAGUUCUUUCGACAAGGUGAAACGGAGGAGCACAACCACAUGCCGAUAUCUCCACUAUGCGAUCGGAAGCAGGCCAACCUACCUCGAAGUCAGGUCACAUUCCUCACCUUGGUGGCGACGCCCCUAUUCGAGACGGCUGGCCAAGUGUUCUCUAUCGAUGAAUACGACACCGUGAUCUCGGAGCUGCGCAACAACAUCACUAUGUGGAAAGAGCGCAUUGAGCACAACGAUGGGAAUGUCCUGGAGACGCUGUCGGCGGAUUCGCACAAGAACAAAGCACCAAAAGACAACGCCUGA